AAUUUGUCAACAUUGGUAGUGAACCACCAUGAUGCUAGGAAAAUUACUAAGAGGAAUUUUUAAAAACGGAUCUGCUCAAUUGUGUAAGGCUUUAAAGCAUCAACAUCAUCAUCUGACCUCAGUCGAGUUUGACAUUUAGAAGAGUAACUACGACUUGUUCAAUGGCAGUUUUGGUGAAAACUUGUUGCUGCGGGUGCAGUCUACGAACAGGUGUUAUGAUUCUCGGAAUCUUCGGCCUAAUUGUAUCAGCAUAUUCAAUUUAUCAACAAAGUCAUAACAUUAAAGUUUACAAGCUUCUGGAAAAAAACGCCGAUGAAUUCAGCCAAAAUUCGCCUUCCAGCAAAAAGCUUUUUCUAGUGUUCAUCACACUGGGUUACGUUAACCUCGCAUUCAAAGUGAUCUCACUGUUGGUGAACCUGUUACUUCUGGGAUCAAGUUGCUCAGGUGACGCGCGCUUGGCAUUUCCUUGGCUUGGGUGGAGUAUGUUCGAGCUCUUCUUCAAUUUUGGAUUUAUCGCAUUUUUUAUUAUCGUCAUCAGAGGGUUUGCAUUCUUCUUGCUUCUCUACGGCAUUGAAUGGCUGCUGUCGAUCUACUUCAUCGUGGUGGUGUAUUCGUACAUCAAAGACCUUGGUCGAGAUCCAAUUCCACCUGGAAACAUUGAACAGGCGGAACCACCCCUUGGAAUGUCCACUGCUCAAUUUCCAUUAAAUGUAAUUUAUCCAUCGGGAACAAGUUCCACUUUUUCUUCCUCCUUUGACAGGCGGCAACCAAAGUCAAGUGGUUGGAAAUCGACCCACCCUGGUUUUGGAGGGGGCUCAGCAGAUGCCGGUGGGAGCUCAGGAGGUUGUGGAGGUGGUGGAGGUUGUGACUGACUCUCAUGAAGGACCAACUAAUUCGAAUUAAGGAAAAGCUUUUUUUUUUCGGAUGACAGACUCGGAUUUAGGGGACGGUCAUUGUCUAUCGCCUCUGAGUGUGUGCGUGUGUGCGUGUGUGCAUGGGUGCGUGGGUGCGGGAGCGCGUGGGUGUGUGUGAGAGGACGGUGGGUAAAGGAGGUAUUGAAGGAUUUUGGUCGUGUCACAAUGAAAUUUACCUGACUCCCUCCUCUACGGCUCAGUAUUGUUCUAAUGAUCCCUCAUUGGUAGUCAGUUCCGUGUAGUUACCCCGUUACACUCUAUUGGGACGACAUUACCCCCCCUCCCAUCCGUUGCCCCUGAAAACCAUUUGGCCGCGCCAAAAAUCCUCCCAACUACACCCCCACCCCGGCUACAAAUAAUGGCGGGAAUUUAUAUUCGUAGGAGUUGAUAUUGAAAUAUUAUUUGAAACAUUUUUACUUAAUACUAUAUACAUCGUCACGUUCAUUUUCAAAAUUAUUGUGGUAUUAUUCAGCUUAUAAUUAGUAGUAUAAUAGGAAUUCUAUUGAGGAUUUUGAUCGCUCAUACUAGAAUUCAAGUUAACGUGAAGUGAUUCGAAGAACUAGUUUCAGAGUUGAAGCUUAAAAAGGUAAUGCAGGUGUAUAUUUUAAAUGUAAAAUGGCCGAUAUUUUUUUUAAAUAAACAAAACUGUAUUGGAAACAAAACAAAAUAACAUGUAAACAUUGGUUUACGACAGUCAAUAAAAAAUAAUAAAGUAACAAAAUGUGUUUUAUAACCAUUUGACGUAUUUCAUUCAAAAAGAAAAAAAUAAGAAAAAGCAUGCAUCAAAGUAAAGGCCUGUCAGUUGCCACAUAUAUUUAAUAAGAUUUGCCACCAUUUCAAUACGGUACUGUUCGAAUAACUUGCUGAUGAAUGGCCAAUAUGGUUUAGGUUAAUUAACUGUUGUGAAUAAUAAAAUCGAUCAAAAAUGGAGUAUUUCAAAGUAUAUCGAGGAACAAUUUUAAUUAAUAAAAUGAAAAUGAUACGGGCCAUUCACAUCAAAAUAAAAAUAUAUUCAAGAUGCGUUUUUUUCCUUUUUUGUUGCCACUUUUUGACGUGAAAGUUUAAGCCGGCUGAAAUUUCGACAAAAAAAUAGUAGUUGUAGCACAAGGAAAUGUUACUUUACAAUGUUGCGGUUCAGUACCUCAACUUUAACGCAAUAAAAUGGUACUAGCCAGUUGCAAUUGAAAAGUUUUCCUCUGAAUUCUCAGUGUAUUUUUUAUUCUCUCUUCCUAUUUCUUUUCUUACGGGCGAAUGAUCGAUAUAAAAAAGACAUCUUCAUAGAGAAAAAACAAAAUUGAAUAACCUCCCCCGCUAAUAUUGAAGCUUUUAAUUGAUAAGACUUUCAAGUUACGUGGUCAGGAAACCCAGACAAUAUUAAAAAUUAAAACGUA